AUGAUUCCUUCUGAUCGAAAUUUCUCCAUGAUGAAUCUUGCUCUUGAUCGUUUGGAUUCAAUGAAAAGUAAUUUCAUGCUACAACUGCAACUAGUGCAAGAAACCGAGAGUAAUCGUUUGGAACAAGUGCGGACUAUAUUUCGUUCAUCACCAAAUAUCAAUCCAAAUUUUAUAUCCCCGUUCCGACUGGAAACAGGACUCUUUAAUGCUUGUAGGAAUCGCCAUUUAGAGAUGGCUCGAGAAUUUAUUAACCAUAACAAGAUCAAUCCGAAUGAGGGUACCUUCUUAGAGAGCCCUAUAUACAGAUCGUGCCUUAAUAAUGACUAUGCAAUUACAAGGCUGCUGUUAUCCCAUCACAGGACAGACCCAAAUAUUGGUCUUAGUGAGAAACCACUAUUUGGAAUUGUGGGAAUGAUUUUAGGUGAGAUGAUGUUCGGAGUUUUGUCUUUCUUGAAGCCGACCUGGAAUUGGUUGGCAAGUAGAAGGACUUCGUUAAUUUCAAUGAUCAUUGUUGGAGGCCUGUUUGGAAUCCUGCUCGGUCGAAAACAAACCCCACUGGAGCUUGCAUUUGAAAACAACAACGAUCGAAUCAUCAGUGCGCUAUUGUCUCAUGAAAAAACCUCGGUAAAUGUUAAACAUGUCGAUUUAACGAAAAUUAAGGAAUACUAUGUGUUUGUGAAAGAGGAAAUGUUGAAAUAUUCAAAUAUUUCCGAGGAGGACACAGCAUUUGAAGGUGUCACAAACUUACGGACCUCCAAACUGGUUCAUUAUCUAAUCACUAUCACCAAUUCUUGUAUACAACACCGAGAUUUAAUUCUCAUCAAAAACAUGUUUGAAAUUAAUGGAAAAGUGAAGAUUGCUGUCUAUGAUGAAGUUGAAAGCAUUUAUAGAGUGAGAGAGUUUAGGAAAGUGUUUUAG